AAGUUUAAAAAGUUUAAAAAUAAUCCCAUUAGGUAUCAGUUUUCAAAUUGAAAUCUAAAUUUAAUUUGAUUAAGGUUAAUUGAUUUAAAAAUUCAGUUCCCAGUUGCACUAGACACAUUCAAGUGCUCAAUAGUCACAUACGAUCAUAAGGACUUUUGGUUUUAUUCCAAGCUAGAAAGGGAGCACUGAUGGGUUUUGAGCAAAGUAGUAACAUAAUCUGAUUUAAGAUUACUUUGCUAUGUCAGAGAAUAAAUUUAGGUGAAGCAGGGGCAGAAGCAGGGAGACCAGCCAGUAAGCUACUGCAGGUAGCAUCAGACGAGGAGUAACCGUUGCCCUGGACCACAAAGCCACUUAGCGGCAGAGCCUCGCACCCGCGAAGAUUACUAGGGAGAUGUUUUUACCCCUGAGGACACCUGAGCCCUUAAGUGGGGCAGGCUCGGAGGGAGGGGGGCUGAUAAGGCGAGUUCAGGCAGGGCAAUCAUGAUAGGCGUGUGAGUUCUGCUCAGAAUUUUGACGAAAAGGAGGGUCUUGGCUUGAAGACAGAGCAAGGAGUCAUUUAAGGAUAGUGGAAGGGCAUAAGCGGAAGCUCGGAUAAAAAGCACUGAAAUUCUUGAGCUGGCUGCAGGGCCGAACCUAGCUCUGUGAAAGAUCCUUUCUGGCCACAUCCUCUCUAAGCCAGGCUGUGAGGAACGCGGGGAACGAAGGAGAAUGGUGGUGGUGGGGUCAGGAGGGGGCAGGCCCAAGGUGCAUAUUUUAGGUUCUGAUGCUGGAAGCAUCCUCCCGCGCCCCUGUAUUCCUCUCACCGGCGAAGUUUGCCCGGGAGUGACUACCUCCCAGGCAAAAAUUUAGCCUGGUUAAACUGGUAAGUGCAGGAAAGCCCGCCGACUGGCGUCCGGGGAACGCCUGCAGGGUAACAGCACCCGCCCAAGCGCCACAAGGGUGGGGGCCAAGGCCCGGGCUCUUCCGGGGCGAGCCUUGCCAAAAGCAGGAGGAGGGGCGGCCCGGCGGGCACGAACCAAUCACUACAGACGCUUCCACGUGACUCGCAUUGACCAAUAGGAGGCCGUAGUGAUAGCGACGGGGAAAUUCAAACGUUUGCGGAAAGGAGUUUGGGUUCCAUCUCUUCAUAUCCCCAGCUCCGCUUACUGUAGAAAUGGAGUCUGAGGAUUUAAGUGGCAGAGAAUUGACAAUUGAUUCCAUAAUGAACAAAGUGAGAGACAUUAAAAAUAAGUUUAAAAAUGAAGACCUUACUGAUGAGCUAAGCUUGAAUAAAAUUUCCACUGAUACUACAGAUAACUCGGGAACUGUUAACCAAAUUAUGAUGAUGGCAAACAACCCAGAGGACUGGUUGAAUUUGUUGCUCAAACUAGAGAAAAACAGUGUUCCUCUAAGUGAUGUUCUUUUAAAUAAAUUGAUUGGUCGUUACAGUCAAGCAAUUGAAGCGCUUCCUCCAGAUAAAUAUGGCCAAAAUGAGAGUUUUGCUAGAAUUCAAGUCAGAUUUGCUGAAUUAAAAGCUAUUCAAGAACCAGAUGAUGCACGUGACUACUUUCAAAUGGCCAGAGCAAACUGCAAGAAAUUUGCUUUUGUUCAUGUAUCUUUUGCACAAUUUGAACUGUCACAAGGUAAUUUUAACAAAAGUAAACAACUUCUUCAAAAAGCUGUAGAACGCGGAGCAGUACCACUAGAAAUGCUAGAAAUUGCCCUCCGGAAUUUAAACCUUCAAAAAAAGCAGCUGCUUUCAGAGGAGGAAAAGAAGACUUUAUCAUCGUCUGCAGUAUUAACUGCCCAAGAAUCAUUUUCCAGUUCACUUGGGCAUUUACAGAAUAAGGUCAACAGUUGUGAUUCCAGAGGACAGGCUACUAAAGCCAGGUUUUUAUAUGGGGAGAACAUGCCCCCACAAGAUGCAGAAAUAGGUUAUCGGAAUCCGUUGAAACACACUAACAAAACUAAACAGUCAUGCCCAUUUGGAAGAGUCCCAGUUAACCUUCUAAAUAGCCCAGAUUAUGAUGUGAAGAGAGAUGAUUCAGUUGUACCAAGUUUUAUAAAAAGACAGACCUCUAGAUCAGGAUGCCGAGAUUUGGUUGUGCCUGGAUCUAAACCAAGUGGAAAUGAUUCCUGUGAAUUGAGAAAUUUAAAGUCUGUUCAAAAUAUUCAUUUCAAAGAACCUUUGAUGUCAGAUGAAAAGAGUUCUGAAUUUAUUAUUACUGAUUCGAUAACUCUGAAGAAUAAAAAUGAAUCAAGUCUUCUAGCUAAAUUAGAAGAAACUAAAGAGUACCAAGAACCAGAGGUUCCAGAGAGUAACCAGAAACAGUGGGAAUCUAAGAGAAAGUCAGAGUGUAUUAACCAAAAUCCUGCUGCAUCUUCAAAUCAGCGGCAGAUUCCAGAGUUAGCCCGAAAGAUUAAUACAGAGAAACAUACCACUUUUGAGCAACCUGUCUUUUCAGUUUCAAAACAGUCACCGCCAAUGUCAGCUUAUAAAUGGUUUGAUCCAAAAUCUAUUUGUAAGACACCAAGCAGCAAUGCCUUGGAUGAUUACAUGAGCUGUUUUAGAACUCCAGUUGUAACAGACAACUUUCUACCUGCUUGUCAGUUGUCAACACCUUAUGGCCAACCUGUCUGUUUCCAGCAGCAACAGCAGCAAAUACCUGCUACUCCACUUCAAACUUUACAGGUUUUAGCAUCCUCUUCAACAAAUGAAUGCAUUUCAGUUAAAGGAAAAAUUUAUUCCAUAUUAAAGCAGAUAGGACGUGGAGGUUCAAGUAAGGUAUUUCAGGUGUUGAAUGAAAAGAAACAGAUAUAUGCUAUAAAAUAUGUGAACUUAGAAGAAGCAGAUAACCAAACUCUUGAUAGUUACCGGAACGAAAUAGCUUAUUUGAAUAAACUACAACAACACAGUGAUAAGAUCAUCCGGCUCUAUGAUUAUGAAAUCACAGACCAGUACAUCUACAUGGUAAUGGAGUGUGGAAAUAUUGACCUUAAUAGUUGGCUUAAAAAGAAAAAAUCCAUUGACCCAUGGGAACGCAAGAGUUACUGGAAAAAUAUGUUAGAGGCAGUUCACACAAUCCAUCAACAUGGCAUUGUUCAUAGUGAUCUUAAACCAGCUAACUUUCUGAUAGUGGAUGGAAUGUUAAAGCUAAUUGAUUUUGGGAUCGCAAACCAAAUGCAACCAGAUACAACAAGUAUUGUUAAAGAUUCUCAGGUUGGCACAGUUAAUUAUAUGCCACCAGAAGCAAUCAAAGAUAUGUCUUCCUCCAGAGAGAAUGGGAAAUCUAAGUCAAAGAUAAGCCCCAAAAGUGAUGUUUGGUCCUUAGGAUGUAUUUUGUACUAUAUGACUUACGGGAAGACACCAUUUCAGCAUAUAAUUAAUCAGAUUUCUAAAUUGCAUGCCAUAAUUGAUCCUAAUCAUGAAAUUGAAUUUCCUGAUAUUCCAGAGAUAGAUCUUCAAGAUGUGUUAAAGUGUUGUUUAAUAAGGGACCCUAAACAGAGGAUAUCCAUUCCUGAGCUCCUGGCUCAUCCAUACGUUCAAAUUCAAACUCAUCCAGGUAAACAAAUAGCCAAGGGAACCACUGAAGAAAUGAAAUAUGUUCUUGGCCAACUUGUUGGUCUGAAUUCUCCUAACUCUAUUUUGAAAGCUGCUAAAACUUUAUAUGAACACUAUAGUGGUGGUGAAAGUCAUAAUUCUUCAUCAUCCAAGACUUUUGAAAAAAAGUGGGAAAAAAAAUGAUUUGUAGUUACUGGUAAACUGUUAAAUACCACCUAUAAAAUAUAUUGGAUUGUUACACUCGAGCCUCUGUGGAAAUCUACAAUUGAAGACAACAUCACUCUGAAGUGUUAUCAGCAAAAAAAUUCAGCAGAUUAUUUUCAAAAGAAAACUGUAAAAAUAGCAACCACUUACAGCACUGUAUAUAUUGUAGAAUGGUUUUCUGUGUUUUGUGCGCUUGUGUAAUCUGUUUGAUAUCAUUUCACUCUUGGAAUAGUGGGUGUAAAACAAAUAUAUUCUGAAAAACUUUGUAAAUAAAGUUUUGUGGCAUAAAAUGACACUAAAAUU